CCCGAAAGUAGCCGUAAAUUUGUGUUGGUAUCAACAAUCAUCUUGAAGGAAAUCAUUAGUUAAUUUCUAUCAGCUGUUUUUAUUCAUUGAUUGAAAUUUUGUGUUUACGUGAAAAUUCUGCAAUUGCCCUGGUUUAGCAGCGAUUAGCGGUUGAUUUUUAUCUCGUUUUUAUCAUGAUUCAUGGUUCAAGGCUACUCAACAAAAAAUUGCUGCGUCACAGCGAGCUUCGAUUUUGCAGUGGAUUGAUGAAUGCUUCGAAUCGCAUCAAUAUCAAAGUCCGUCAAGGCACUGUUUCUGGUGUACGGGAAAAGCUACCCAACGGAAAUGAUUCGUUCGCCUUCCGUGGGAUUCCAUACGCGAAACCACCCAUCGGGGAUUUGCGAUACAAGGCACCACAACCGUUGGAAAAAUUUCCAGCACCAAUAUUAGACUGUAGUGUUGAACGAAGCGUGUGCUUUACAAGGAACAUUUUUACCCAAGAAAUCGAGGGUUCGGAAAAUUGUUUGUUCCUAAAUGUCUACACACCUGAGUUGGAAAGUGAUAACAAAUUGCGUCCAGUAAUGGUAUUUAUUCAUGGUGGUGGUUUCUUAUUCGGCAGUGGCAAUAGCGACUGUUAUUCACCUGAAUAUCUGUUACAGGAGGGUGUCGUAACAGUGACACUCAACUAUCGUCUAGGAUCACUCGGGUUCCUGUACCUUCCCAGCCAAGGUAUUGAAGGAAAUGCUGGCCUAAAGGACCAGUUGAUGGCUUUGAAAUGGGUGAACCAGAAUAUAUCAAAAUUUGGCGGAGAUCCUGCGAAUAUAACACUUUUUGGAGAGAGCGCUGGUGCGGCAUCGGUGCAUUUGCAUCUCCUGUCUCCUAAUUCAAGACAGUAUUUCCACAAAGCCAUCUGUCAGAGUGGAUGUAGCAUCAUGGAGUGGGUGAUGCAACUGAAUCCGGAAGAAAAGGCAAGAACAUUGGCCAAAUUGAUUGGAUGUCCGGGCAACAGUGAUGCCGAUUGCUACGACACCCUAAUGACGGCUUCCACUGCGGAUGUUGUUGGGCGAAUGAUGGGAGUGAUGACAGAAGACGAAAAGAUUCGCGGACUACCGAUGCCAUUGAAACCGGUAGUAGAAAGUGCAACGGCAACAGAUGCUAUUGUGACAAAAUCCCCGAUUGAAGUACUAAAAACUCCAAACAGCUUAUCCAACAUUCCGUUAAUGCUGGGAAUUAAUAAUCGAGAAGGAACGAUUAUGCUGCUGGAUGCUGUUAAAAAGUUAGCAAUUUAUGACAAAGACAUUGCACGACUUAUUCCACGCACCGUUAACGUGAAUCCCUACACGGUAGCUAGUAAAGAACUUGGCGAAGAGAUAAAACAGUUCUAUUUCGGUGAUAAACAGGUUAGCAUGGACACUCUGCCCCAACUGGCGGAUUUGAUGAGUGACUAUCACUUUGAGAUUCUUGCGAACACUUGUGCAGAGUUACAUGCGAAAUACCAACAGCAAUCGCCAUUAUAUUAUUACAACUUCAGCUUCGAUGGCGAGUUGAAUAUGUACAAAAAGUUACUCCAACUCGACGUUGCGGGUGCAUGCCAUGCUGACGAAUUGGCGUAUCUAUUCCUUUUCCGCAUGGCACCUGUUGAAGUGGCUCCGGAAUCUGCUGAGGCCCGCGUUCGCUACUACAUGUGUCGAAUGUGGACUAACUUUGCCAAGUUUGGAAAUCCCACUCCGGUUGACGAUUCUACGUUACCAUUCCGCUGGAAUCCAGUAAUAAACGCUGAUCCUAACUCGAAAGAAGAGUUUCAGCUUGACUGUCUAGACAUCUCGGCUGAUCCGAAGAUGAUAAAGAAUCCAGACAAGCAGCGAAUAGACUUUUGGCGAGGAAUUUAUAAGCAAUAUAACGAGGGUUUCUUUAAUUUUAAACUUUGAAUGGUUAUUAGAAGUUUUGUAAUAAGACAAUAAAAUGGAUGAAGGUUCUGUUUUUAACAA